AUGGAUUCAGAAGUCAGAGAGACCCUAAAAAAGGCUGAGAAGUCUCUACAGGGUCUUCUGGCCUUGCCAGACAAGUCUGGAGUUGAUCUACAAACCAAAGUCCACGCAUUAUCGACAUGGAUCACUCACCUGCAGACAGUGGUCGAAACCCUGCAAAAGGCUGGCACCGAAAGCGAACGCUUGGAGGCCACGACCAAAAAGUCUAUGCAAGAGACGGUCCAGCCGAUCGCAGACGACCAGCGCUUCAUCAAGGAGUGGACGGAAGCGAUCGACAAGGAGCUGCCCAAGCUCCAGCGCCUCGAGGAUCUCUCUACGCAGAAAUCCUUUGACACUUUGGGUGAGAAAAUGAAGGAGCUGAAGACAGUCUUAGACACGCUAGGUGAGAACACGAAGGAGUUCUCUACGCAGAAAUCCAUCGACACUUUGCAUGAUCAGGCGAAGGAGCUAAAGAAAGCCUUGGAAAAUAAAUCCUCGGAAACGUCCCGUGGAAAGGAGCGCUCGCUCCGGGACGUCGCACAAACGCGCGCUGCACAGGCCGAAUCCGACAAGCAGAGCGCCGUCGAGACAGCCGAAAACAAAGUCUCGACAUUGCAGUCACGCCUCGGCCCGUUGGAACAGUUCAAACAGAAAGCGAUCGAGCACGCUGCUGCGGCGGACGCAGCUGCCCACGAGCGGCGCCAACGCAUCCAGCAAUUGGAGCAAGAGGCCAAUGGUUUGCAGACUCGCAACGGCGAGCUCACAAGCACGCUCACCGAGCGAGAGACCGAGAUUGCCAAGCUGCGGAGUAUCAUAGGGCAAGCAACGACCGAGCGCCUGACGACCAACGAGGAGCUAUCAAGACUCCAAGGGGUCGAGAUCAGUCUAAGACAGGAGGUUAGCGCUCACGAGGGAACCAUCUCAGAGCGCAACGAGCAGGUGAAGGAUCUCAAAACCGAUAAGACUAACCUGGUCAAGUAUGCGACAGAGCUCAAGUCGGACAAGGACACACUGACCCAGGCUAACAUCAAGCUCGAAACCGACAAGGACAAGCUCAAGGGCGAGGUUGCAGGGCUCAAGCAACAGCUAACCAAGUCGGAGGGUUUUGCCGCGCAGUUCAAAGCCGACAAGGACAGGCUCGAGGGCGAUAUCAAGGAGCUCAAGCAGCAGCGUGUGAGUUCGGAUCCCGAGCAGCUUGCCACGGAUUGGACCAAGGCCUCAAGCAAGGUCAGCGAGCGCCUGGCCUCUUUCAGCAUCUUUGACGACGGACGGCACGACAACGCGGACGAGAUCGUGGAAUCUCUCGCAUUCAUUGCCGGAGACGACGAGAAGUGGGCGCGCUUCGCGCAGUUCGUCGAGCUCGCAAAGCACAACGAGGCUUACUGCGUGUACCAGAUGAUCGACGAUAACGACUGCCAGCAGCCAGACCUCCUCGUGAGAGGGGUCCACAAGUGCACUUAUCACUCGGCUCAUGGUGGAUAUUGCUACAGGGCAAAGUGUGUCAUGAGGAAUGACGUGAAGGAGUUUAUCAUUGGGAAGAAGAGGCCAGCGCUGCGUGUAUAA